GGAUCUCUUGCAAAGCGAUCUGGCAGGGCUAAGAAUCAGUCUUUUCGUUAUCGUCUGCUGUAAAAUUAAGUGCUGUUGGGCUUUCAGCCAAAGCAGUAUUCUUCCAAGAAUUUGCUAGGCAUUGAUGUUUACAGAUCAUUAUUUAUCCUUUGAGGAGUAAAGGUUAAAGUUUACCUUUCACUGUUAAUGUAAUUGCGUUUGACAUGUUCUCAUAAGCAGCUAUCUCCUGUCAAAUAAAGAAAUCUAUGUUGGGAUUUUAUCAGUUAUGGAGAAGUUUUGAGGGCACCAUCCUACAAAGCAAUGCUUGUGCUAACUUAAGCUUCAGUACAGUUAAUCUUUUACAGACUUUGGGUGUAUCCCCAUUUCUUCCUCUGUAGUUCCUCAGGAUGACAAAUUAUUCACAUAGAGGCUGUCACAUAUUCAGGGUCUUGUGCAGUGAAAGUUGAGAAUUUUUUUAGGACUUUUUAAAUAAUAAAAAGGCAAGCUGACAGUUUGAUGGUGUGCUAAAGUGUCAAUUUUUGUUGCCAUUCAUCCUUGCCAGAGUGCUAUUUUCUAUUUUUUCUCAGAAAGGAAACAUGAUUGCCAAAGAGAAAAGUUAACCAACAAACUGUAAUGGUAGAUUCAUACGAUUACAGGAUUGCUUCCUAGCUGCUGUCCCAUCCCUCUUAGUCAGCUUCAGAACCAGCGUGCCCCGCUCACCUUCCUGAGACUGCAUUCAGUCUCAGACAAAAUGAUGGAGAAGACCUUCUUUUCCUUUCUCCCAUUUGUAACUUGGUUUGCAAGUUGGAUCAGGCUGAUGGAUCAGAGUACAUGUAGCAGCUGAGGCUACCUCCCUCCCCCAGACAGAGUCUUAUGAGUUUUUAUUCUUCCUGUACCCUACCACAUUCCGCCUCAGUUCAAAGGCUUCCUGCCUCAUGUUUUAAUGGUCUAAAAUGUAUUAAGUGUUCAUUCCACAGUGUGCCUUACCAAACUCUUGAUGUCUACUUUACUCAUAGCUUUAUAGAAGUACCACAGGAAAUAAAUAAUAGAAAAUACUUUAAUAAUGUAAGAUAUUAAAUAAUAGAGAUUUGGUGUUCAGCACUUUGUGUAGAUCUCUGUUUCUCCCUUGUACUCUCUUCUCUCAUAGUUUCUGAAGUCACUGACGUGGAGGAAUAGGCUUGUAUCAACACUUGCAAAACAGUGGUUGUGUAAGGAGUAAAAAAGCAGCAGGAGUUUCCUUUGUAGGAGUUAAGUAAAUGGAGAAAUACUGUGAUGCCAGUCAUCCACAGUUACUUGCACUUGGAUUGUUGGUACUUCUGGACCAAAAAAGAGAACUUGAGAAGAUUAAAAGUAUCACAGAUCACAGAGAGGAGGACAGUCAAGGAGGAAAGGUGGGAAACAACAGCAUGAAGGACUCAUGGAGGAAAUGGAUACCAACUGGGGUAGGUGCAAAGGGGAAAUAAAUUGGCAGUAUGAAAAGAAGCCUUGGAUUGCAAUGUGGGAGCUGUGAGCACAUCUUAGAUUCCUAACAAACAUUGUGGAUUGUUUUAACAGCAUAAAUGACAACAAAAUACUUCAGCAGUAUGUGCUAGAAUAUCCUGAGCUCCUUGUCCACUGAGCUUUAACUUACGAAUUACCUUCUCCAAAAGAUAAUAAGGUAUAUUCAUUAAUGUGGGUGUUUGGAUAUUUUGCCUUUAAGUUGUGUUUUAAUCUGAGGGGAAAGCAUGCUAUGAAGAAAGUUUUUGUUUCACUUCCAGAUGUACUAAAUUGAGCUGUUGUGAUUGGGACAGAAUCUGGUGCACUUAUUUGCAGAGAAUGGACGUCUUUUUACCUUCAUAUAUGCAGAUAAAAAUACCUAAAUAAAGCUGCAGUUUGAACUGAAAUAAAUCUCAGUGUAAUUCCACAUUUGCAAAAAGAAAACAGAUUUAGAGUAAUUGAGACGGUGUAAGUAUUCAUGUCUAUUCGGUAUAGAAAUUUUUGGUUUAAUUUCCUUGUAGAAUCUGAUUUGAAAAUGCUAAAUACGUGUGGCAGUAAUGAGAAGGCAUUUGUCUGAUAUUUCAUGCCAAACUAUGGGAGAAGGUUUGGUAAAAUAAUGAGAUUGGGUAUUAGGAAAUGAUGAAAAAUUCAAGCAGAUUGCAACCAUGGUUUGUAAUCAAACAGACUGGGAGUUGAAGGAAGAGGUGUCAGCAACGUACUAUGUGCUGCAGCUGUGCCUAACAAUUGGAGCAGCAAUAAUUAUUGCAGCAAAACUUCAUUUUUUCUAGGAGCAGAAAAAUCGUAAGACCAGCCUGAUAAUAACCUUUUAAUCAUAACUUUUAUAUUCUUGAUCCAGGUCAUAGACAUGUCUUUAAAACCAGAGUAUAUCUAUGGAACUUAGUCGUCUAAUACAUUCAAAGUUCUUUAACUUUAAAACGUAGCAUAAUCCUAAAAGGAUGACAGAUAAACAUGUGACAGAUACAUUAGGGUGUUGAAACUUAAGUUCUUAAAGGAAUACUUUACGUACAUUUUCAAAAAUUCAGAAAUAGCAAGAUUACUGAGACAAUUUUAUGGAACUACCCACUUGUCAUAAAAGAAAAUGUACUGGAGAAGUUAUCAGGAAGUUGUAUCUGUUAAAGUUAAUUAGUAAUUCUUUAUAGAGAAGGAUGCUGUAAACAAGCUCAAAAUCCACGAUCCUUGACUUGCUACGGUAGCAGUAGCAGAAAGGAGAGUGCAUUCUGCUGCUCGCAAACUCUGGAAGAAAGAGUCUUCUACUGCAAUGGACUUCAGGAUGCCCAUUCUUAAAGUCUUGCUUUUCGUUCUGUUCAUGGCCAGUGAUUCGCUGAGUGCACCCAACUGCACUGGAGUUAAGGACUUCAGAGACUGCUUGGGUGAUCCACAAAACUUCUGUCCUGUCAAUAUUUCUUGUCAAUGUAAAAAUGAAAAGCCUUUUUGCAGAUGUGAUUACUACAGAAUCGAUUGGCAGGAUUAUUGGUACAUGGGUCCCAAAUGUAACCACCUUUGGAACACUUUAGAUUUUAUUUUAGUAACUGUUAUUCCUCCAGUAGCACUGGUUAUCAUACUUACUAUAAUAUUUUUCAGUAUCUACGCCUGUAGAAGUGAAAAACCUGUGAAGCAGACCAAUGCUCCAGGCCUCCAGACCCCACAACAUAACCCUGCAUUUACUGCUGAAAUGGCUGAUAACAUGGAGCAUGGUUAUCCGCAGUCGCCAAGGGAUGUCUGGAGUGGACAAAUUCCAAAAGUUGUGCUGAAAAAACAAGAUUUUGAUGAUGUCCCAAGUCCAAGGCAAUUAGGGAAUUACAGUCCCAUGCAUCCUCAGUCAUCAGGGAGCCGAGAUCCAACAACAACAGACUAUAUUCCUAAUCAGCGACCUCAGUAUGAUAAAUUUGGCUCUCCAAGCAAUAAUGUGCCUUAUGCAGGUUAUGCAGAGAGGAGACAGUAUCAGCAAUACUAGGCACCAGCGCUUCCUGUAUCUGCAAUGUCUUGGAAUGCUGUGUGAACAAUGGACUACCCAAGUGCUGAGAGAUCAGUAAGACCUUGUAGGCUGGAACAUAGAGGAAAUAGCUGUAACUAUUAGAAAGUACUAAAUGUUAUUGCAAAGAAAAGCUAUAGAAGAUAAUUACAAAACAAAACAUGAUACUAGCAUCCAAUCUGUUUACUGUGUAAUUGAUGAGAACUUUCUGUGAAUACUUGAUUUCACAGUUUAGAUAGUUGCUUCUAAGUAUUGCUUAAAUUGUUGCCCAUCUGUCAGGACACAGGGCUCUUUUGUGAUUAGCCAUGUGUUCUGUGUCAAAAUGACAAGGAGUACCUAUCACAAAAAGCUGCCCUUCCUCAGAAGAAACUCAUGAGAAAGGAACAAGUCUUCUCAAAUUUCAGUAUGAGAAAUGACAAAUAUGCAUGCUAAUCAUUAUUCUUCCUUGGUUCCUUCCCAGGAUGGUUUACAUCAAAGGGAAAGGGGGGCAAGGGGUUGCAUUUUUUUUUAUUUCUCAGGAAGGCUUGUCAAAGACAACUUUUGCCAGAUAGUUUUUGCUUCUUGGUGUCCAUUUGGCUCACCCAUUUAUUUGUGGUGUUUGCUCCACGCAGUGUCAUGAUCUCCCUCCACAUGCUGGUGAGCAGUGGUUCCGAAUCUCAUGCUGGUAGUAGGACCAUGAAUUUCUCUUAACUAUAAUUAUGAAGAUUCUUCAGGGCAUUGUAGCAUAUAGAGCAUAUAAUGCCCUGACUGACAUUGCUGUUUGUUUUUUUUUCCCUUAAAAAAACAAGAUUUAAAGAAAGCAACCAACAAAUAACGCACAAUUUUGAACUAUGUAUUAAGAAUUUGUGUUCUUGUAACACCAGUUACCUGCAGGAUUGGGUAGAAGGGAAGGCUCUGUGCUCAGGCAUAGCCCCUUCGUCUCACUGCCACUGGCAGCACUGUACAAACAUAACCAAGGCACUUGGCUUCCCACCAUCCCAAGUCGCGUUAAAUACUGAAAUAUUGACAAAUACAGCAACCUCAGCUUUUGAGCCCAUUCCGUUGUCCCUUGCUUCUUUUGCAUUUUGUCUUCCUUUGUUGUCUUGUUGAUCCUAACAGCUGAAAUGGUUUGCCUUGAAAAAUGCAGUGGCUUUGUCACUUGUUCUGUAAAUAGUGAAAAUAAAUGAAACUAUGGAAAAUGUACUACCUUGCCACUAACUAACAAAUUAAAGAUACUGAAGUCCUGAAUGUAUUUUCAAAAAUAA